ACUAACGUUCAUUAGCUAACUUGCAAACGCUUCUUUAUUUUUGGACACGUUGCUCCAUCGUAUUUGUGCGUCGUCCGCCCGCCCGCUGGCCAAGUCGCAAUUAAUUGUCUGUACUGUGGUUCAAGUUGUUAAUAACUUUUUAUACCCACUUUUCUGAAGCAGUCAUCGAAACCUACAAAUUGGCGACCAACUUAUCUCAUCUUUCGCGACGCCCUGGAGCAUCACCCCUUUCCAUAGUGCGAUUCCAGGCAGGGAACUAUAGGAGGAUUUCGCCUGAUCGAUGCACGUCCCUACAAACCGGCCGCAAUGCCGGUGUUCCCAUGUACACACACGACGAGCUCCACUUAGGGCCAACCACAGCUUCAGCAUCAGCCGUAGGCGGUCGCACUGCCAGACCUUCCUUCCCCGCACCAUCACCGCUUGUGCCGCUGCCAGUAACACAACAUCAGCGACCACCUCUAGCGGCGCCGGCCCUUGCAGCUGCAUCACAACUGCAGCAGCAGCUGCUUCUACUGCUGGUGCAGCUGAGCUGCCUAACAACCACCAACGGCCGCCGGCACAUCCGGAGCGUCAGCUCCGUACACCGCUACUGGACGCUGUACGGGAUCGUGGAGACGCCGUACACGAGGCUCCUUUUCACGUGCCAGGACAUAAGCGCGGAUCCGGAGCUCCUGAGGCCUUCAUGCGGCUCGUACGACCGCCCCACGGGUCACUCCUGCAGUACGAUCUAACGGAGAUUGCAGGU